UGUCUGCGUCCCACACCACAAAAGCCACAAGCCACAAAAGCAACAGGCAGGGAGGACACAAGAAGCCACACCCCUCACUCCCAUAUCCCACUCCUCCUCCUCCUCGAUCAGACUACACGCACUCUCCUCUCUCCCAGCAUCAAUACCUCCUUCUCCCUUGCUUCGCCUUCUGCUGCUGUUGCUGUUCUUGUCUCUGCUGCUGCAACUGCAGGCGUCCAACCAACCAAGCAUGUCUCGCCCAAACUUCAGCCGCAGCAACUCGCUCAUUCGUGGCUCUGGCCACAGCCUUCACGGCACGAAGCGGAGCCGCGAUUCCAUCUUCCGCAAGCGCCGCAGUGGAGGAAGCUUCAAGGCCGAGGAGGCCGUGUUUGACCUCAUCCUCCUGCGCAAUGUCACAGAGGACGCCGUCAUCAAGAACCUCAAGACCCUCUUCUUCAGCGACGUCAUCUACUCGUACAUCGGCAACGUCGUCAUUGCCGUCAACCCGUUCAAGGAGCUGCCCAUCUACGAUGCAACCUACGUCGAGAAGUACCGUGGCCGCAGCGCGUUCGACCCAAAGUUGCAGCCGCACAUCUUCGCGCUGGCCGACAACGUGUUCAACGACAUGAAGUAUCGCGGGCGUGAUCAGGUUGUCAUCAUCUCUGGCGAAUCCGGUGCCGGCAAGACUGAAUCGUCCAAGAAGAUUAUGCAAUACGUUGCAGCCGUGUCUGGCAGUACGGACAAGGUCAACGCCGUCAAGAACAAGCUGCUGAAUACCAACCCUGUGCUGGAGGCGUUUGGCAACGCAAAGACGACCCGCAACGACAACUCGUCCCGCUUCGGCAAGUACAUGGACAUUCAGUUUGACUUUCACGGGGAGCCCGCCGGUGGCGUCAUCACCACAUAUCUGCUCGAGAAAGCGCGCGUGGUGCGGCAGGGCGAGGGCGAGCGCAACUUCCACAUCUUCUACCAGCUCCUCGCGUCAGACAAGGCAAAGCAGCUUGGACUGACAGGCGGGGCAAGCAGCUACCGGUACCUGAACCAGGGCGGUGCGGAGAAGGUGAAGGGCAUGAGCGACAGCAAGUGGUUCAAGGACGUCGUCAAGGGAUUCGACUACAUCGGAUUCACAAAGGACGAGCAAGACGCGGUGUUCAAGGCCGUUGCCGCUAUCAUUCUUCUCGGUGAAAUCAAGCUCACCUCCAAGGAUCAGGGCGCUGCGUUCCAGGAAUGCUCUGAUGCCCUCCUUUCCCUCCUUGGCGUGACGCGCGAUCAGCUUGAGAGCGCUGUGACGCACAACACCGUCAUCGUCAACAAGCAGCAGGUUGCCUCCGACCUCAACGUCGACCAGUCGCAAGACGCGAUUGACACGCUUGCCAAGGCCAUGUACGACCGGGUGUUCAAGUGGGUGUACACGCGCAUCAACAAGAGCAUCGCCGCGGACAAGAGCGCCAUCAAGGCUGUCAUUGGCGUCCUCGAUAUCUACGGCUUUGAGAUCUUCCAGCACAACUCGUUUGAGCAGUUUUGUAUCAACUACUGCAACGAGAAGCUGCAGCAGCUGUUCAUCGAGCUCACGCUCAAGACAGAGCAGGACGAGUAUCUUGCUGAGGGCAUCGACUGGACACCCGUCAAGUACUUCAACAACAAGAUCAUCUGCGAUCUGAUUGAGGAGAAACCGCGCGGAAUCGUUGCGCUGCUGGACGAGGAGAGCAUUCGCCCCGGCGACAAGUCCGACACGAUUUGGCUCGAGAAGCUCUCGUCCACUUUCAAAUCCCACGACCACUUCAAGGGGUGUGAUGGAACAAAUGAAACACCACUUGAUCACUCACGCAUACACGAAACGGCACACCCAAAAUGCAUUCAUGUGCACAUGCAGGGCUUCCUCGACAAGAACACGGACACGCUGUUCAAGGACCUGGCGCGCGUCAUGUUCCAGAGCGGAAACUUUGUUCUCAAGGAGUGCUUCCCUGAGGGCGACGAGAGCACGUGGCUCGGAGCCUCCAAGCGCCCGCCAACGGCUGGCAAGGCCUUUGUGCAGAGCAUGAAGGAGAUGAUUGAACUCCUCAACACCAAGAUCCCGAGCUAUGUGCGCUGCAUCAAGCCAAACCACCUCAAGGCCGCCAAGAAGAUUGACGAAGACCUCGUCCGCCACCAGGUCAAGUAUCUUGGCCUGACAGAGAACGUGCGCGUGCGUCGCGCUGGCUUCUGCUUCCGUGAGGACAAGGACGCGUUUUUCUUCCGCUACAAGCUGCUGUCUCCCAAGACGUACCCGACAUGGAACGGCAGCGUGGAGGAUGGCAUUGCCGCCGUGUUUGAGGCCCUCGCCAUCCCGCCCUCCGCCUACCAGAUGGGCAAGACGAAGGUGUUCAUCAAGAAUCCGCCCACCGUCUUCGCCCUCGAGGAAGAGCGCGAUGUCAAGCUUGAUGAGAUUGUGACGCGACUGCAGCUUGCCUGGCGCCUCUUCCUUAUCCGCCGCGAAAUUCGCGCCUACUACGACGAGCUCAAGGACAGAUUCAAGGAUGUUGCCAAUGACCCGAGCUUUGGCAUCAAGAUCCAGUGGCCGAAACCGACGCAGAUCCUUGUCAAGGCCGAUGAGAUGCUCAAGAAGGUGUACAAGAACUGGUGGGCGCGCAAGCUUGUCAACUCGCUCUCGGCAGACCAACAGCGCAUCAUGCGCGUCCAGCUGCUGGCGCACCGCUUCCUCGCUGGAGAGAAAAGUGGCUUCAAGAUCACGAAAGACGCGUUCUCUGUCCACCACGUUGACAACACCGACGGACUCAAGUCCUUUGAGAACAAGUUUGGCGAGUCGCUCUUCGACUGCCCCGUGAUCAAGAUCAGCCGCAAGGGCAAACCCAUGCCGCGACUGCUCAUCCUCACCAAGGAAGGUGUCCACCGCACCAAGCCAAACUUCAGCGGCGCCGGCAAGCGGUGCGCAUUGAAGACAAAGAGGGUGCUGCCGCUUGAGUCCAUCUCUGGAGCAACGGUGUCCAAGACAAGGACAACUUCAUGGCAUCCACUCAAAGGGACACGGGGGAAGAACGUCGUUGUCAGCGUGGUGGGCCAAGACAGCAACCACGGGUACCGAAUGGAAGAAGGGCAUUUGUAA